GACAGUCAGGUCAGGUCAAGUCGAACGGACCCCGCUGUUGGAGCUCUAAAGCAGACUACGGACUCGAUAUCUGUGCCUUUAGCUGAAGCUAAACCCCAUCAAUAGAAGAUGAUGGAAAGUGAUGCAACGCGUGAGCAGGGGAACUGUGGGAGGGAGGAGGACCUCAGGGAAAGAGUGUAUGUGUAAGGUGUAAGCCGUGUGUGUGUAUUAAGCACUAGCAACCAGGCACCAGGAGCUCAUGUACACAACGCUGGCAACCAAAUCAAAGCGGGACAUACACAGUUAUAGUACAACUGCGACGUCUGUUGCUGCUACUCUCGUCUUAGUCGUUGCACUUUGAUGGAUUGCUAUUGACAUUUGUGAUGCUGCUGACUUUCAGACGGACAACAGGCUGCGCUGGCCUAAGAGGCGGGUGUCUUCUUUGCAAUUUGACUGGUGGUGGUGCUUUGUGAAUGACAAGAAGACGCAGAACUACUAUCAUGUGCCAGCUCGACGGGGCCAAAUGCAGCUUCCUAUUGUAUCUCGCGAUGAGCGUCAUGGUCUUCUUGGUCAUUUACUUGGGAGGGAGGUUGCCCAAGAAGCCCCCGCCCCUAGAAAUGCUACCUUGCCGACCAUUCAGUGCCCAAUGUGGAGUGUUUCUUAAUUCCAGUGACGGACGGCGAGAAUGGCAUCGACGUGACUGUCAGAUAGAAAGCUAUAUCACAAACAAUAAUCUUCAGUGCUCCCAUUUGAUGAGAGACCUUCACUUCAUCACAAGACCUCUGAGCCGCAAGGAGAGGGACUACCCUUUAGCGUUCAUCUUGACUGUUCACAAGGAGCUGCAGCUUUUUCUGCGAGUACUUCGUGCAAUUUACACGCCCCAAAACAUCUACUGCGUUCACGUGGAUGCAAAGACUCCACAGGAAUACAAAGAAGCCAUACAAAAGCUGGUUAGCUGCUUUGACAACAUCUUCCUCUCCAGCCGCAGCGAGAACGUGACCUAUGCCGGCUUUUCCCGUCUGAAGGCAGAUUUACACUGCAUGGCUGACUUGGCCAAAUCCAAAGUCGGCUGGAAGAAGGUGGUGAACAUGUGCGGGCAGGACUUCCCGAUCAUGAGCAACCUGGAACUGGUGCGGUACAUGCAGAGCAAAGAGUGGCGGGACAUCAACAUGACGCCGGGGGUCAAGCAGCCGAUCCCGUUCAGGCACCGGACUGAGCGCCAACACAAGGAGAUUGUUGGUUCCCAUGUAGCUCUUAUAGGGCGGAAGAAAGAUCCUCCGCCACACAAAAUGCAAAUAUAUUUUGGGACGGCCUACUAUGCACUCACAAGAGGCUUUGUUGACUUUGUUCUGAAGAGCCCCAAAGCCCGCGACCUUUUGGAGUGGUCCAGAGACACUUACAGUCCAGACGAGCACUACUGGGUGACGCUUAACCAUAUGGCAGAAGCUCCAGGCAGCAACCCAGAUGGAGGCUGGGAAGGAGCCGUCCGGGCUAUCAAGUGGCAAGAUCAAGAAGGAAAGGUGCAUGAUGGCUGCAACGGCCGUUAUGUGCGAAACAUCUGCAUCUAUGGAGUAGAGGACCUGCCGUGGAUCAUCAACAGUAAGAGCAUGUUUGCCAACAAGUUUGACAGCCACGUCUUCCCAGAGGCUCUGGACUGUCUGGAGCAGUGGCACAGGAACAAGGUGCUGAACCAGGCCACUGUUCCCAUACAGGCGUCAUGGCUGCUGGCCACAAAGAGCACUGAAGCAGCAGCAGCAGCAGCAGUCUCAGCAAGUGUGCCGCUGAAUGAACUCAACGCUGGUAAACAUUAAUGAACUUUCACAAUAGUGUCCAGGUAGUUUGCUCUUUUUCAAAGGAGCUAACAUUCACAGUUGUCCAGGAAACGUAAAGAUGCACUGAAUACCUUGAACCAUGAUGAGAUGAUCAAUGACUACUAUUAACUGUAAUAUAUGUUCUUCAUUCUUUGUAUCACUCCAUCCUAUCUAUCUUGUCUUUUAACAAAGAAACAAGGAAGUCACGAUCUUCGUUCAAUGAAUGUUCUGCAAUUUGUCGUCCCCAAAGUAAGAACUGAA